UCUCUCUCUCUCUGUGAACUUCAGAAGAAGAAGAUCCAAACGUGUUGAACCCACAGCGAAGAAACGUCCUGCUGGUUGCUGCUACGCGCAUCUCCGUGCAUUGGGUUUGGCCGUUGUCGCCCUUGCCUCACCGGCGUGCCGCCCUUCCCCGCCUGCUUGCGUCGCCUCGCCUCACCAUCGCUCGCCGUCCAUCCAGCCGCCGCGGCCUCUCCAGCUCUUGAGGAAUGGGCCUAUGGACAUUGCUGGAGGGUUUUUUGCUUCUCGCAAAUGCGUUGGCGAUACUGAAUGAAGACCGUUUUCUUGCUCCCAGGGGAUGGAGCAUGUCUGAAGUGUCAGGAAAUGGGCAAACAAAGUCAUUAAAGGGCCAGAUCGUGGGGCUUAUCUAUGCUAUACAAUUUCUGAGGAUGCCCUUGAUAGCUCUUAAUGUUCUUAUCAUUGUUGUGAAGUUGGUGUCAGGCUGAGCCUCACCGUUUGGUUUUGACCUUUGGGUUGGAUCAAAAUCAGUUCCAGCAUCAUGUAAAAGUAAAUUAUACUCAAAGUUGCUGGAAAUAUGUUCACGUUGACUCUAAUGUGGAUUUCUCUUAUUGUUCUUGUAAAUUAAUUAUGGUCUUAAAAUGGUUUUACCAACAUUUAUACUAAGUAUGUGUGUGCGCCAGUGUGAUCAAUUUGUUUGAAA